AUGGUGAGGAAGCUUGCGCAGGAAUCCGAGUCCAUACGCAGGGAGAUGCAGGAACUCCGGGACAUCAUGCGUCGGGGAUUCCAUGAGCUUGCGAGGAACGAAGCGGAAAAGUCCGGCCCCGACGGUACUGACCGGGAGAAGCCAGGGAAUCAAAGGACGAUUGAUCAAAUACCUCCGGUAGAGAAGCUGAAGGGCACGACAGGGGGAGCCGGACUCGGCAAAUGGAGGAGGUCACGGCGGGACUCCGAGUGUGCCGCCACCGCACGGUUCGAGCGCCGCGAAGGGACGAACAUGACUCCACGGGCCCGAUGA